GUCAACUUACAAAUCUAAGGUUAAACAAUAGAUUAUUAUUUAUUAUUUCGUAGAGUUUACAAAAUGCCUUCGUAACGUGGCAAGAUAAUAUUGCAAAAGAUCUCACGAAGCGGAUAAUCUUGCCAAUCGUCUUGAUUUGUCCCAAUUUUGCCUUCCAAGUCACAGUCGCACACUUUGAUCUUUCAUUUCCACGAUUUUUUUACACACACAGAAGCAGCAACAACGAACGAUGGCAUCGCCAACAGCAAGGAUCACAUUCAGAGUCGUAAUUGCUAUUCUAGUCGUAAUGCUUCUCUUCUACGUCGGUCGUCCUCUCUACUGGAAAAUCUCCGCAACUGUACAGGAAAUCCGCGAAAAUAAACGCACCGUUCAACAAGGCAUUUCACAAAUUGUUUAUGAAGCACAAAAAUCAGUUGGUUGGUUCCACGACGAGUCAGAUUCUGGAGUGCGUGAAGAUCGUAAAGCGAUCAAUCGGCGCUUACUCUUCUAAAGGUUAAUUUAAUUUCUAUUAUUAUUUGAAGCCUAAUAUUUUCUGUUUACUGUUAACUAAUUGUUAUAAUUUGAUGAGAGGAGAAAUGUAUUAGUGGAUCUGGUUAUCUGUUUGUUUUGCAAUAAAUAAUUAGAGGAUUUAAAUUGAUGGAAUAGUAAGUUGUAUUGUUGAUUUUGGUGAACUUAAGUUGUUCUGUA